GCGCGGGGCUCUCGGCUCCUGAGGCACCCGAGGCGCCGGGGAGGCCCCAGCGGGGCGGUCCCGGCCGGGCUGUGCCCAGCGGGGCUGUCGCUGUCCCCGGCCCCUCGCGUGUUGCCGGGCUGCGCUCGGAGGCGCGGUGCCUGCAGGAGCUGUGCCCCCGCCCCGGGCAGGUGGCGCCCCCGCCCGCCGGGCUGGGCUCUCCCGAGGCGGGCUCUCCUGCUCUGCGCUGCCGGGCUCCGCUCGGAGCGGCCGCCUGUAACACCUACAUUUCCAGCUCAAGGUGUGUGCAUGUGUGCUGAUUUUCCAAUGAAGUACAUCCUGGUAACUGGUGGUGUCAUCUCGGGCAUUGGCAAAGGGAUCAUUGCGAGCAGCAUUGGCACCAUCCUGAAAUCAUGUGGUCUUCGUGUCACUGCAAUCAAAAUUGAUCCUUACAUAAACAUAGAUGCUGGAACCUUUUCCCCAUAUGAACAUGGUGAAGUUUUUGUGUUGAAUGAUGGUGGAGAAGUUGACUUAGAUUUGGGAAAUUAUGAGAGAUUUUUGGACAUCAGUCUCUAUAAAGAUAACAAUAUCACCACUGGAAAGAUAUAUCAGCAUGUCAUUAAUAAAGAAAGACAUGGUGAUUAUCUGGGAAAAACCGUUCAAGUUGUUCCACACAUUACUGAUGCAGUUCAGGAGUGGGUAAUGAAUCAGGCAAAAGUUCCUGUGGAUGAUGACAAAAAAGAGCCACAAAUCUGUGUAAUUGAGCUGGGGGGAACCAUUGGAGAUAUUGAAGGAAUGCCAUUUGUUGAAGCAUUUAGACAGUUUCAGUUCAAAGCAAAAAGAGAGAACUUCUGUAAUAUCCAUGUUAGCCUAGUACCACAGCCUAAUGCUACUGGUGAACAGAAGACAAAACCAACACAGAACAGUGUUCGAGCACUGAGGGGUCUAGGCUUGUCUCCAGAUUUGAUAGUCUGCAGAAGUGCAAAACCUAUAGAGAUGGCCGUGAAAGAGAAGAUUUCCAUGUUUUGUCAUGUGGAGCCUGAGCAGGUGAUAUUUAUUCAUGAUGUUUCUUCUACUUACCGAGUGCCAAUCCUAUUGGAGGAGCAAGGCAUCAUUAAGUAUUUUAAACAGAGGCUAAAUUUACCUAUUGAUGACCAGCCAAGUGAUCUUCUAAUGAAGUGGAAGAAAAUGGCUUGCAGAUACGAAAGGUUGCUGAAGGUGUGUUCCAUAGCUCUCGUGGGCAAGUACACAAAGCUAAGUGACUGCUAUGCAUCUGUUUUCAAAGCUCUGGAACACUCUGCACUGGCAAUUAAUUACAAACUGGAUUUAAUGUACAUAGAUUCAACAGAACUUGAACGUUCUAUGGAAGCAGAGAACUCAGUGAAAUAUCACCAGGCAUGGCACAAACUGUGCAAAGCAGAUGGCAUUCUGGUCCCAGGAGGUUUUGGAAUUAGGGGAACAGAAGGCAAACUCCAAGCUAUCUCCUGGGCAAGAACAAAGAAAAAACCUUUUCUUGGAGUUUGCCUGGGAAUGCAGUUAGCAGUUGUGGAAUUUGCAAGAAACUGUUUGAAUUGGGAAGAUGCAAAUUCUACAGAAUUUGACCCAGACACAAAAAACCCAGUUGUUAUUGACAUGCCAGAACACAAUCCUGGAGAUAUGGGAGGAACAAUGAGACUGGGAAAGAGGAGGACUGUUUUUAAAACUGAAAAUUCUGUUUUAAGGAAGCUUUAUGGUGAUGAAAUGUUUGUAGAGGAGCGACACAGGCAUCGCUAUGAGGUGAACCCAGAAUUGACUCACUGCUUUGAAGAGAAAGGCUUGAAAUUUGUUGGCCAUGAUACAGAAGGGAACAGGAUGGAAAUUAUUGAACUGGAGAAUCACCCAUAUUUUGUGGGAGUUCAGUUCCACCCAGAAUUUUCCUCAAGACCUAUGAAACCUUCACCUCCAUACCUUGGACUGUUGCUGGCAGCAACUGGGACACUGAAUGCAUACCUGCAGCGUGGAUGUAAAUUGUCUCCCAGUGACAGCUACAGUGACCUAAGUGAUGACAGCUCUCCAGAAAAAGAGUUUCCUUAUUCUGACACAAGCUGAAAUGACUGUAUGUGAGCACGGAAAUGGAUGAUGCUAUUGAGAAAACUUGGGAACAGGACAAUAUUGAAUAGAAGAAAGUAGAAGAGUAAGCUGCUUGCAGUUCUCAUACUGUUUCUUCCUCUGCUAUGUUCAAUAAUUCUCAUUACAGAUGACAGUUUUACUGUUCUGUAGCAAAAACUGUUCUGUGUAAAUGCUGCUUCAAAAGUUACCAAACAGUUGUGCACCUUAGCUGUUAAUCAUUGUUAUCUUGUCCUAUAUUUCAGAGUAAUCUCAGGUGAAUAUGUAUCAAUUCACUAGUUCACAGCUUUCUUGAUUUGAAGAAAGAUUUGACUGGUUUCAGUUUGCCUUGGAACAGGAAGAAUAAAUGCAUUAGCUCUUGGGAAUGAGGAGGGGCAUGCACUAAAGCAUUUAAGAGAAAAUUGUCUUUCUCUUGAGCAGUAGAAAACCAUUUCAGGUUUGUUUCCAAUUAAGUUUAUAUAUAUUUUUUUUAUUACUUUUUUUGCUGUUCAAUAUGUACAAAUGAAAAAUGGUUGCUGUACCUCAGCUCUAUGUGAUUAUAGUAAUUAAUAUUGGAUACAAGUUUUUUCACUUUGCUUUUGUAAGCAAUUUGAUUUCACAUAAAUCCAUUUGCUCUAUUUC